GUGAGGUUCAGCUCCAAUGUAGAACGUGCAGCAGCAACAUCACAGAAGUUACUUGUGAGAAGGAAAUAUGGCUGUACUAAUAUCACUCUACCUUCCAAUUUUAUUCUUCACAAUGAUUACUGCAGAGGGCCCAGAUGGCUCUGUUGAGCAGUUUCCACGCUCCAAACUGGCAAAAAAAGGAGAAUCAGCUACAAUAAAGUGUAAAAUUACAGUUAGGAAUGGAAAGGUAGUGGGUACUCACUUUAAAAAGAAUCCUCUAUGGCCGGAGGAUCUGUGUUAUUUCAAUGGAGCAAAUGAAAUUGCACACAUUGCAGUAUCAUACCGGGAUCGACUCAACUGUAAUAAGACAAUCGACGAUGAAGAAAGUGUCACCAUUCAGUUCAGAAAUCUCCAGAUAAAUGAUACUAAUUUUUAUUAUUGUACCACUGGGAUCAAAGAGGCCAAACUUUCUGACUUCCAUGGAAGAGGAACCCUUCUUAUUGUAUCAGAGCCUGACAACCAAACCUGUGCAGCAAAUUGUGUUGAAAAAGAUGUCUGCAAAUUAGUUUAUUUGAAGGAUCCAGUAAUGAUCACAGUGAUUAUAUUUGUAGCUGUUUUCAUGAUUUGUGGACUAGUUCUGUUAGUACUCUACAUAAGAAAACAUUACCAUUGGGAUCAGUCACAACGUAAACGAGCUCCAAACUCAGUGUAUGAAGACAUGAAUCUGGUGCGAACCCAAAGCAUGGUACGAUAAUUUCAGCUACAAUGGACUUUGAACAUUUGAUUCAGUUUUUCUGCAAGGGUCUAAAUGCAUCAUCACAGUAAAUCAAGGCUUACUGGAAUCUGUGAGAGUCUCCAAACUUUUUUUUACACAGUAUUAUUUGACAAUGUAAGUAUUUGUCUGAGUAAAAUUUGGUUGAUUUGUAGAAGGUAGUACUUAUGAUGACAGUGAAUACAUAUGUUUAAUGUAAAAAUACUUUAUAAAUAGCACUCUGUUCCAUUACAAUAUGAAUGCACUCUGUAUAUAUUUUUAUUUUUUCAUUAAUAAAAAAAAAUCAUCAUCUUUCAA